AUGGCCGACCAAGAGGAGGACUAUUCUAAACUCCCGCUGCCCGACCGGUUCACGCACAAGAUAUGGAAAGUGCGAAAGGAAGGGUAUGAAGCCGCCGCAAAAGCAUUCCAGCUCAGCCCCGAUGAGUCGGACCCGGCGUUCAGGCCAUUCUUACAGGACCCAGGGUUGUGGAAGUCGGCGGCAGGGGACUCAAAUGUCGCCGCUCAACAGGAAGGCCUGGCUGCGCUCUGUGCUUUCUUGAAAUACGGUGGCCAACAAGCGGCAGUCAAAUCACGGAACUACACCCUCCAGUCCAUCUACGAAAAAGGCUUAUCGUCAACACGGCCGCAAGCAAAAACGAGUGCUCUCGAAGCACUGCUUCUAUACAUCGAACUCGACAAGUCAGACCCGGUCAUUGAGGAACUCCUACCCGCGCUCUCUCACAAGCAGCCGAAAGUCAUUGCGGCAACCCUCAAUGCCAUCACCGCCAUUUUCCACAAUUAUGGCGUCAAAAUUAUUGAGCCUAAGCCCGUGCUGAAAGCGCUACCUAAAGUGUUUGGGCAUGCGGAUAAGAAUGUUCGAGCAGAGGCUCAGAACCUUACCGUAGAGUUGUACCGGUGGCUGAAAGAAGCCAUGAAGGCCAUUUUUUGGGGGGAAUUGAAACCGGUGCAACAGCAAGAUCUCGAAAAACUGUUCGAAAAAGUCAAAGGAGAGCCAGCACCGAAACAAGAGCGCCUAACGAGAUCACAACAAGCCGCCCAGGCUUCUGCACCAGCUGCAUCCGGUGGUGACUUUGCUGAAGAUGAUGGUGGGGUUGAAGAAGAAGAGGUCGAAGUUGAUGCUUUUGAUCUCGCGGAGCCUGUCGAUGUACAUUCGAAGAUACCAGCCAAUUUCCAUGAGAUGAUUGGUUCGACUAAGUGGAAAGAACGUAAAGAAGUUCUCGACGCACUUUUCGACAGUCUGAACACUCCGAGGAUAAAAGAGGCUCCCUUUGACGAGCUAAUACGGGCUCUCGCCAAAUGCAUGAAAGAUGCCAAUAUUGCUGUCGUCACCGUUGCAGCCAAUUGCGUGGAGAGAUUAGCGCUGGGCCUGAAGAAAGGGUUUGCGAGAUACCGCUCGUCUAUCAUGUCCCCAAUGAUGGAAAGAUUAAAGGAAAAGAAACAAUCAGUCUCAGACGCCCUCGGUGCUGCUCUAGAUGCAGUCUUCGCUUCGACCUCCUUGUCAGACUGCCUCGAAGAAAUUUUGGGGUUCCUUGCGAACAAGAAUCCCAAUGUCAAGGCCGAAACCAUCAAAUUCCUCUCGAGAUGUCUGCGGAAUACGCGCGAUGUACCUUCGAAGGCCGAACAGAAACUGAUUGCCGAUGCAGCAACCAAAUUACUGACGGAAUCAAACGAGGGAAUUCGAUCUGGCGGCGCAGAGAUUCUAGGCAUCCUGAUGAAGAUCAUUGGAGAGCGCGCCAUGACCCCAUACCUUGAUGGUUUAGAUGAUAUACGGAAAGCCAAGAUCAAGGAAUUUUUCGAUACCGCCGAAGUCAAGGCGAAGGAGAAGCCGAAAGCGGCGCCUGCGCCUCCAAAGUCUGCCCCUGCUGCUGGAAGGAAGCCAGCUCUUGGUGCAAAGAAGCCCGUGGCUAAGAAACCAGCUACGGCGGCCGCUCCACCGGCAGAAGACUCGACACCUCUUCAACCAAAGCCCACCGCCAAAGCACUACCGAAGCCCGGUGGCCUUGCACGUCCUGGUUUAGCACAACCGUCUGGUCUGAAACUUGGAGGUCUCAAAAAGCCUGGAACUGGUUCUUUGCCGAGUGGUGUGGCAAGUCCUAGUAGACGAGUGAUAUCUCCGCCCAUGAGCACAGAUGACGAAGAUGUUGCCGCCCCCUCCCCCUCCAAGUUUGGCAUGGGCCGUGGCGGGCUUGCUGGACGACCGUUGUCAAGACCUGCUGCAGCUCCCUUAUCACCUCCAUCCGCACCACCAGCUCUGACUGGUCUCUCAGCUAUUGAACGUGCAGAGCUAGAAGAAUUACGUGCUGAGAAAGAACGUUUGACGGCACUCAAUGACAGCCUACGGAGCAGCAACGCCAAGCUGACCGCUGAAAUAUCAGAACUACAGAAUCAAAACGCACAGCUAAUAGAAGACCACACACGAGACGUGCUGCAAAUCAAAGCAAAGGAGACACAGCUUGUGCGAGCACGAGGCGAGGUUGAUGUGCUAAAGGCUGAGGUUGAAAGUGUUCGGAAAGAGAGUGAACGGUACAAGCGUGAAGUGUCCAGAUUAGGCCGGGAAAGUAUCGGUCGAGAACGAGAAGACCUAAUGCGCGGACGAGUGGAUGAGGGCCCGAACUUUGGCAUCGAAAGUGGUGGCAUCUAUGAAGAUUCGACUGUUCAUCGAUAUCCUGCCAACGGAAAUGUGUCAAGACCUACGAGCAGCACUCUACAGCGGACGGGCAGCACGGCGAGCUCGCAGAGUAGUCGAGCCCCGACUAGCAAGCCUCGGCCUCAGAGUGGCUAUACGCUCAGUCCGAGUGAGGAGAAAGAGAACGGCGGUCUAGAUCCGAUGGCGGCUAGAAGAAAGAUGAGUCCGCCCGUCAACACCAUGGCGAAUGGAAGUGGUCGAAGUAGUCCACAACGACCUACUUUUGCGAGUCGGGAGGCCAGUGAGACUGGAAGUAUUGGGUCGAGGGAACCUCGUGCAGAAGAGAACUGGAAACGAGCAGCUGAGGUUACGAGCCAACUCAAGGCGAGAAUCGAGGCUAUGAAGGCACGACAAGGUCUGGCUCGACCUUAA